GUGAUUUUCUAACCUAAAAUACGCUCUAUCGCCUCUGUCGUACAGUUCGACAGGCUCAACAGCUGUCAACGGCUGUCAACAUUGACGUAUAAAGAUCGACGUGCGUUUUAUGAAGGAGAGUCCGGCAUUCGGGAAAAGAGGAAGGAUACCUCGCGCGGGCGCCUGGUAUACAUUUCGAGCUCGCGCGACUCGGCUUCGGACACGGCACGCUCGCGGGCGGCCGACGCGGGGUGAUAGGUAUGAUUUGAGCGUAAGAUGAUAUUGCGGAACUUACCAUUCGCGCAAUGGGUUCUGAUCCUGAUCCUCGUCGUCGUGAUAGUCUAUCUGCGGCUGCGAUUGAACGACCUAGAGGAGAGUUACAAAACACUCCAUGAAGUCGUCGCGCGAAUCGAUGCCAGGAAUGACUACGGGCGCGCUGAAGCGCGAGGAGGUAACGAGGAUGAUCUGGAGGACGUCGUUAUGAUAUACAACAGAGUGCCGAAGACCGCAUCCACCAGUUUUAUGGGAUUGGUUUAUGACCUGUGCAAGCAGAACAAGUAUCAUGUGCUACACAUCAACGUGACAAAUAACAUGCACACUCUUACGUUCGCUAAUCAGGUUCAAUUUGCAAAUAACAUUUCAAACUGGAACAGUAUAAAACCAGCGUUUUACCAUGGACACAUGGCAUUUUUAAAUUUUGGAAAAUUUGGUACUAAACGUAUGCCUUUGUACAUAAAUUUGCUGAGGAAACCUUUAGACAGAUUUAUAUCAUAUUAUUACUUCUUAAGAUACGGAGAUAAUUUUAGACCUCAUGUUAUAAGGAAGAAACAUGGAGAUACAAAGACAUUUGACGAGUGUAUAAAUAGUGGUCAACCUGACUGUGAUCCUAAUAACAUGUGGCUGCAGAUUCCAUUUAUAUGUGGCCACGAUCCAGCUUGUUGGGAAAUUGGCAAUAGCUGGGCAUUAGAGGAAGCCAAACGAAAUCUACAAAGGUAUUACUUUCUUAUCGGAGUGACGGAAGAGUUAAACGAGUUCGUAGAAGUACUAGAGAUUGUACUACCACGAUUUUUCAAAGGGGCAUACAACCUCUUCUUACAUAACAACAAGUCACACCUACGUCAAACUACGCAGAAACUCAACCCAUUACCUGAAACAGUGGACAAGAUCCAGCAAUCGGUUGUGUGGAAGAUGGAAAAUGAAUUCUAUAAUUUCGCUUUAGAACAUUUUCAUGCUGUGAAAAGACGACUCAUAAAUGCUUCCCCUCAAGAUGCAAAUCAGCGUUUUAUGUACGAAAAGAUACGGCCAAAGUAAACUACUUUUUUACAUAGGAUUUUACUCUUGAAUAACGCAAUAAUGCAAUCGACUGUGAAAUGUGUAUUUAUUGUAAUUAUCAGCGAGGUAAUUUUUGUAUGAAAUGAAUUUAUAGAAUUUAUGUUAAUAUUUAUUUUCUUUCUACAUACGAAAUGUGCAAUGUAAGAGCUUUCUUUUCGAUGUUGUUCGUCUUAAAAAAAA